AUGUCUACAACAGCAUCAGCAGCAGUAAAGAUAAUGGACUUCCCAUUGAAAGGUGAGUUCAUGAGAAAGGUAAGUUCAUUCAGAAAUGCCAUUGCCAAAGGUGGUCCAUUCCCCCCAGAGGCCAACCGUUACCAUCUCUACGUCUCACUCGCUUGUCCAUGGGCACAUAGAACAAUCAUUGUUCGUAAACUAAAGGGAUUGGAACAUGCUAUUGGAUUGUCGGUGGUGGACUACUUCUUGGGAGGAGAGGGAUGGCACUUCUCAGAGAGACAAGGCGCUACGUUGGACCCAAUCAACAACUACACUCAUCUCAAGCAGCUCUACUACAAGGCCAACCCACAGUUUGAAGGCCGCUUCACAGUGCCAGUGCUGUGGGACAAGCAAACCUCGACCAUUGUCAACAACGAGUCUUCAGAGAUCAUCCGUAUGUUGAACUCAGAGUUCAACGAUGUCGCCAAGAACCCAUCGCUCGACCUUGCACCCAAAGAGUUGUUGGCCGAGAUCGACGAGAUCAACACAUUUGUCUAUGACAACGUCAACAAUGGAGUCUACAAGUGUGGCUUUGCCGGUGACCAAGAGGCAUACAACGUUGCCUUUGAAAAAUUGUUCUCUGCUUUGGAGAAGUUGGAGGAGAGACUGUCCAAGUCGAGAUGGUUGGUGGGAAAGCAGAUGACAGAGGCCGACAUUAGAUUGUUCACGACAUUGGUCAGAUUCGAUCCAGUUUACUUUGGUCACUUCAAGACAAACAAGAGAAUGAUCAAGGACUAUCCUGCUCUGUCCAACUACCUCCGCGAGAUCUACCAGAACGAGCAGAUCAAGUCCACCGUCGACUUCCAUCACAUCAAGCACCACUACUACGAGUCUCAUCGUAGCAUCAACCCAACUGGCAUCGUUCCAGAGGGUCCAGAGAUGGACUACCUCAACCUUCCACAUAACAGAGCUUCACUCAAUUAA